UCCCCCCAACAGCCAUGCAAUCUUGCUGACCCACGCACCUCAGAUGAGGAAGCUCUUCGGACAGCCGCCAGUGGUGGCUCGAUAGAAUUAGAAAGAUGGAGUGGAAUGGCUGUGCCAUUGAUUGAGAGGCUGGAAUAUAUUGUUUACAACAUGUUUCCCAUGCCUCGAAUGCGCCCAGAGCAGAUCGGCCAACAGACAUCAACCAACCAUGCAUCUCAGUUAUCAGAGAAUAAUCAUAUCGCCCCCGAAAGCAGUAACAAGGAAAACGACGCACCUGCAGACCAGCCAGGCUCUCCCCCAUCAGGCGAGCGCGUGCCAGAUUCGCAACCGGAAGCCUCUGGUACUUUGACCAAUGAUCAGCUUCCACCACCGCUUGCCCUACUUUUUAAAGCUAUCCGAUCUUCGAUCACGUCUUUCUUCCAGGAGAAACCCCCGCAUACCAUCCAGAGACUCGCAGAGCUGGUGCUUGAGCCGACCAAGCACUAUAAAACGUUACCUGCGUACCUCCGUGCGGUUGACCGCGUCAUCUCAGUGACAAGCUCUGCAGAUGUCUUUCCCUUCAAUGCACCAUCUCCCGCCAACGCUCAAUCAAAUGGAUUGGUGCAGGCUGGAAAUAGCAGCGGGGUUUACCUAGCUCCGGACUAUGCCCAGGGUCUCGGGAGUGACGAAUCUCUAGGAGGUGCCCUAUUAACCCCAAUUCCGUGGUUGAAUGGCUCUUCGUUUGAUGGUGAAGAUACGAACAUAUUAGACGAGGGCGUUGAGGAACCUCUACCAGCACAACCAGCAGAGGAUCCCGAAACGGUACUUACUGUUCCGAUCGAAGCUGAGGAUGUGGCAACCACCGCCUCACCAGAGCCGUCUGACGAAGUCCCUCAUGCCCGUGGUCCAAUCGUUCUCGGGGUCCAGGAUAUGGGUUUGCAGGACGGAAAAGGUGUAGAGAUGAACCUCGGCCCAGAUGGCACCGAUGGGGAAGUAACUGCCGCAGCAGCAGCUGACGCCGUGGCUAUGACGACAGAAGAAGAGGAGCAGGAAAAGAACGAAUCAACUGCCGACAAGGACGGUGAUAUCGUUCUUUCCGAUGAACAACCACAGGAAAAAGAAGAACCCAAGAAAACAGACGCUUCUACCGAGUCAAAAGCGAGCGAGGCGGAAUCCAAACCACUUAGCAUUUCAGCUGAAGCGGGGGACGCUGAGGAGAAAGCAUAA